AUGGGAUGUGGUUGUGUUACUUCAGCUGCUGAAAAUCCAAAUAGAAUAUCGAAAGUAGACGAUUUCAACAUUACAGCAAAUGACCUGGUAGUAAAAAAGUUGGGAAAAAUAAAUAAAGAUUAUGAAAUAAUUAGACCUUCAAUAGGAAAGGGUUUGUAUAAAAUUCAUCUACCCAAUAGGUAGUUUCGGGAAGGUUUACAAGGUUAUACAUAAAGUGUCUGGAGUUUAAAGAGCUGUUAAAGUGAUCAGAGCAACUUAAUUUGAUUAAGAUAAAAUCGCUCAAGAAGUGUUAAUUUUAAAAAAAAUGGUUAGCAAAUGAUAUAAUAGCUAGGAUCAUCCAAAUAUCUUAAAGGUUUAUGAAUUUUAUCAAGAGGGAAACUAUAUAUCAAUAGUUACUGAAUUGUGUACUGGGGGAGAAUUAUUUGAUAAAUUAUCCAAAGGUUAGAGUUUUAGUGAAGACAUGGCAGCCAUAACUAUGAGACAAAUUCUAUCUGCAGUGAAUUAUUGUCAUUCAAAUAACAUAGUUCAUCGAGACUUAAAGCCUGAAAACCUAUUAUAUGAGAGCAAGGAUAAAAAUGCGCUUCUCAAAUUAGUUGACUUUGGGACUAGCAGUGUUAUUCAACAAAAAAUGAAAUAAAAGCUAGGAACUCCAUAUUACAUUGCUCCAGAAGUUUUGAAUGAAAGUUAUAAUGAAAAAUGUGAUGUUUGGUCUUGUGGUGUAAUACUUUAUAUUUUACUUUGUGGAUAUCCGCCAUUUUAAGGAGGCACUGAAGAAGUUUAUAUUAACUAUACUUGUAGAUGAUUAUGGUAAAAGUUAAGGAGGGCAAAUAUAAUCUUGAAACUGAAGAUUGGCAAUGCGUUUCUGAAGAGGCCAAGAAUCUAAUCACUAAAAUGCUAAGGAAGUAUGUAAUCAAUCUAUAUAACUAAAGAGAUCCUUAAUAGAGGAUUAGUGCUAACGAAGCCCUUAAUCACCCAUGGAUCUAAAAGUUCACUUCAGUUGUUGAUGUUUCUAAUUUAAAUAAGGUUCUAAACAAUAUUAGAACAUUUCAAGCUGUCUGUAAGUUACAAGAAGCCACCUGGAUAUUUAUGGUUAAUAACCUGGCCACUUCUGAUGAAAAAGCCUAAAUUAUGAAGGCAUUUUAAGCCUUGGAUUUAAAUCAUGAUGGAUUGCUGAGCAAAGAAGAAUUAAUCAUAGGAUUUUCUUAGAUAAUGAGUGAAGUAGAGGCUGAAAAAGAAGUUUCAAGAAUAAUGAGACUAAUCGACAAAAACAAUAGUUAAUUGAUUGAUUAUACAGGUUUCAUUAUUAUGAUUUAUUUAGAAUUUCUUAUGGCAAGUACAAGCAGAACUGAAUUUCUAGACGAUGAAAGAAUUGAAAAAGCGUUUCAAAUGUUUGAUCUUGAUAAAAGUGGGGGCAUCUCAUAAGAAGAAAUAUGCGAGGUCUUAGGUGGAGGAACACAGUAUGAUAAAAAAGUUUGGUCAGAUUUAAUCAAGGAUGUCGAUAUCAAUGGAGAUGGAGAAGUAAUAAAUUAUUUUGAUAUUUCAGAUUUAGUUAGAUGAAUUUAGAUAAAUGAUGUUGUCUAUGAUUACAAAGGAAUGA